CACAAAGAGGAACUUUACUUGGAGUAGAUUACUUCUUGUUCUGCAUUCUUCACUAAGCACUAACGGUGUGUCUUUACUAUAACUCUGCACUUCCCUAUGCCUAUUUAAAGCAAAAACUUGAAUUGCCAAAAGCAUCAUGAGUCGAGACUACUCUUUUUCAUCUGCACACAGACACAGCCACCGAUUCCCUCUUACCCUUUUCCCCAUCCAACUAUUUUUCCUCUGUGUGUGUGUGUGUGACUCUAGAUUCAGUUUCUUUCUUCUUUUCACAUCAUAAAUCAACUAUUUCACCAUGAGAGACAUAGUCUUCCGUGAGGUAGAGAUGAAUGAGACCUAUGAUCCAACGAUGAGGCUCAUUCAUGCUUGGGAUAGCAUCCGAGUUCCAAUAAUUGUGCCUCUUCUACGUUUUGCAGUUUACAUAUGCAUAGGCAUGUCUAUUAUGCUUUUCAUUGAACGCGUUUACAUGGCUAUUGUGAUUGCAUGUGUCAAAUGCUUGGGGAAGAAAAGAUAUACCAAGUAUCAGCUAGAUGCCAUCAAAGAAGACCUAGAGAAAAACAAAAACUACCCCAAGGUGUUGGUUCAGAUCCCAAUGUUUAAUGAGAAAGAGGUUUAUAAGCUAUCUAUUGGAGCAGUAUCGGCACUUUCGUGGCCUUCAGAUCGGCUCAUCGUGCAGGUUCUGGAUGACUCAACCAAUGAAGUCUUAAGGACAAUGGUGGAACUUGAGUGCCGAAAAUGGAUAGAGAAAGGGGUCAAUGUCAAGUAUGAGACAAGGAACAAUAGGAAUGGUUAUAAGGCAGGUGCCCUUCGAGAAGGUCUAAAGAAGCAUUAUGUUGAGGAUUGUGAAUUUGUCAUAAUCUUUGACGCAGAUUUUCAGCCAGAAGAAGAUUUUCUCUGGAGGACCAUCCCCUACCUACUUGAGAACCCAGAGUUGGGCUUGGUUCAGGCCAGGUGGAAAUUUGUUAAUGCAGAUGAAUGUUUGAUGACUCGCCUCCAAGAGAUGUCUCUAGACUAUCACUUUAGUGUUGAGCAAGAAGUGGGCUCUUCAACAUGCUCAUUCUUUGGAUUCAACGGGACUGCUGGUGUUUGGCGGAUGAGGGCAAUAAAUGAUGCAGGUGGAUGGAAAGAUAGAACCACAGUUGAAGAUAUGGACCUUGCCGUCAGAGCUAGCCUCAAAGGGUGGAAGUUCCUCUUCGUGGGCGACCUAGCAGUGAAAAAUGAAUUACCAAGUACAUUCAAGGCAUACAGAUAUCAACAGCAUCGUUGGUCAUGCGGACCUGCUAACCUCUUCAGGAAAAUGUUUAAGGAGAUCAUCAUUUGUGAGCGUGUGUCCAUCUGGAAGAAAUGGCAUGUGAUCUAUGCAUUCUUCUUUGUAAGGAAGAUAAUUGCACAUUGGGUUACCUUUUUCUUCUACUGCAUCGUAAUCCCAGCAACGAUCUUAGUUCCUGAAGUCCAUCUCCCAAAGCCACUAGCUAUUUAUCUUCCAGCAGGCAUUACCAUUCUCAAUGCAGCUUCCACCCUAAGAUCUAUCCAUCUUCUCGUUUUCUGGAUAUUGUUCGAGAAUGUCAUGUCUCUUCAUAGAUCAAAGGCAGCUAUAAUAGGACUCCUUGAAGCCAACCGAGUUAAUGAAUGGGUUGUGACUGAAAAGCUAGGGAACACAAUGAAGCAGAAGCAUAAUACAAAAGCAUCCAAGAGGCCGCGCUCACGCACCGGAGAAAGGGUUCAAAUCUUGGAGCUUGUGGUAGGACUCUACCUGCUUCAUUGCGCGAUCUACAACAUAUUAUUUGGGCACAACCAUUUUUUUAUAUAUUUAUUACUACAAGCAGGGGCCUUUUUUAUCGUCGGAGUUGGGUACGUAGGCACAUUUGUACCCAACUAAAGAAGAUAGUAGAAAGAAUGCAGGGGGCUUGAGGUGACACCUGACAGUGUACUAGGUGGUCGUAGUUUCUAUUUUAUUUUCUGUAUUGUAUAGUAUAUAAUUGUAUAGUAAGGCCAUGUGGCUUUAUUAGUUAAUAUGUAAUGCUAAUGCUUAAAGACCAUGUGCUAAGAAUUCGAAAUCCUCUAUGACUCAAAAUUAUCAAAAUAAGUGAAAUAGAUUUGAAAUGAUUCACCACCAA